AUGCCAUCCGUCAAGUCGGCCGUGUCCGCCGCGAUCGACGCCAUCGGAGGCGUCUCCCGGAUCGGCGAGGACCCCGAUUCGCUCAUCCUCUUCAACGCCGCCUUCAGUGUCUGCUCCGAGAAGUGCCGCACCGUCAUCCGGGAGACGGGCUUCUCGCACACCAACGUCAACGUGGACCUGACCACGAUGAUCAACUACGAUCCGAGGUACGUGGCGCUGAGGCUCAUGGCGUGGGAUCAUGCGAUGCCGCUCGCCGGAGAGAUCGCCGGCUGGACGGGGAGCAGCUCGAUGGCCAAGACUGGCUUUGACCCAUGCGUGGUGCCGCUCCUCGUGGACAUGAAAGCCAACGGAGGCGAGGGCAUGGUCAUCGUCGACUCGGCGGUGAUCUGCAACUACCUCGUCAGGCUGGCUGGAGGUGCGCUCAUGCCGACGGAGCCACACCAGCUUGCGCUCGUUCAAAAGCACAUCGCGCUCGUCGAUGACGCUCCUCACCCGGCGCUACUGUACGACGCGCUCCCCGCCAAAGACCUCCGCCCGGCCUACCUGAAGCAUCUCACGGCUGGAGGCGGCCUCCACUUGCAGCAGAUCCGCAAACUCAAGAAUUAUCUGGCGCAGGAGGGCAAUGGGCUAGAUUCCCAUGUUUCACCACAAGCGCCAAACUGCUUCACCGCGCGCUGCUGA